AUGUUCCCUAAUGCUAGGCUUUUGAUGCAUGGCUUGCUGUGGCUGUCAUAUCUGGGAGAAGGCACGGCGUCUAUGACACCCGGCGUUGCACAACCAGGGACCUUGUCUCCCCGGUCAAGGGCUUCUUGGAAGACUGCAGGAAGAAGUGGAGUAAUUGAACCGGCAAAUGGAUUGCAUCAUUGCAAGCGCUUGCUUGACACCAUAUCGAUGGGAAUAAUUAUAAAGGAUGCACAAACUAGCAAAAGUCUAUUAGCCAAUAGGCAUGAAGUGGAAAUCGCUGAACCAAACUUCCAGGCUUUAUUCACCGUUUCAGUCAACUGGGCCAACUCUUAUGAUAUUAUACCCAUAUCUUUCCAUAAAGAAACCGCUAUUGCCAAUAGAGAGGGUUCUAGGGUUUGGAGUCACUACCAUAGUAAGCGACGCAUGAUCAAUGAAACUAUUAAUAUUUCAUGUCACAGCGACCAGAGGGGGCACCCUGAGGUCGUACACCUCAGGAUCCUCUCUUCUUGGGAAGGAAGGGGACUUUCAAGAUCCUUGGCAGUCCUGAGGAUGUCGAGUUCCGUCCUUCCAAGAAGAUACCAUCGGUCUUCAGGAUUCUGCUCCAGUUCACAAUGCCAGGUCAACUCAGCAGAGGCUGCAGAAGAACAUUCCAGAGUUCAUCUCUGCCGUGGAUUGGCCCUCAGGAUGACCUCAUCUCAACCCACUAGAUUAUCGGCUUUGGUCCGAACUGUAGAGGAUGGCAUGCCACAGAGCACACCCUAA